AUGAUUGGUGUCUUGAUCAGGAACGGCGCAGAUCUCAAUUGGAAAGAUAACCAUCAGCAAACACCAUUACUGUACUCCCUGGAAAGGAAAUUUCUACCCAUGGCCAGAGAUCUCUUGGGGUAUUUUGGUACAGAAGUGACCACUCUGGAUAACAAGGGCCGCAAUGCGAUCUGGGGGGGUGAUACUUUUCUAGCCGACUGCAAAGGUAUCAACCCUAUCAACCUAGCUAUCCUCAAGCAGAACAGUACCAUUCUUACCACGCUGCUUGACCAUGUCAAAACGAAACCUUCAGCGGCAAACUUAGAUGAUACAAACAACAUUGAGCAUCCACUAUUUGUUGCCACGCGCAAAGGAUCAAAAGAAAUGGUCCAAAUAUUGAUUUCCUACGGAGCAAGCCUCAAUAUCAGAAAUCGAAAGGUGCUACAGAUGCAAGGGGGGGCAACAGCGCUACAUUCGGCAGCAAAGCGGGGACACAAAUCUGUUGUGAAGAUUCUGCUAGCCUUUCCCGGUAUCGAAAUCAAUUCUCGCGAUGUAGAUGAAGCCACACCUCUAUGCAUUGCUAUUAGUGAAAACCAACAGGGCAAACGGCCCUUCAUUAUGCCGUACGAAAAUGGCAACAUUCUUCUCGUAUGUGUUCUCCUUGAUUUUGAGAUGCUGGAUCCAAACAUUCGCGAUAGGUGUGGUUGGACUCCUAUCACCUAUGCUGCAUCAAGUGGCCGUCUACGAUUACUGGAGGUACUUCUCACCAGGCCAGAUAUUGUGCUGAAUGUUCGAAAUGCCUCACCCAUCUUCUAUGCCUGCGAGAGAGGGCAUUUAGAGAUCGUUCGUCGGCUUCUAGACCAGAAUGAUAUUGAUGUCAACAAACCAGUCUGGAACAAGUCUCCUCUUUACAUCGCAAUCGAGAAUGGCCAUACCGAGAUUGUGAGGCUGUUGAUUGACCAGGGUAGUGGAAUCGAUGUCAACUCAGCUACAUUGCUUGGAAGCACUGCAUUGUCAGUGGCAGCACUGAAUGGGCACCUGGAAAUUGUGGAACUCUUGCUCCAAGAUGAAAGGCUGAACUGCAAGGCUGAAAAUUCUUUUGGAGAAACAGCCCUUCAACUAGCAGCGCGAGAAGGACACGAAGCCAUCGUGCGAUCUCUUUGUCGUGAUGUCCGUGCCAGAGAUCUUCCGAGCUUAAGAAAUGCAAUAAAGUACUCAUCAAACAUCAGGUUGACAUACUUUCUUCAAGGACAGGAAGAGAUAUGGGCCAGAGAAAACGAUGCAUGA